CUAUGAAACAAGAAGUCGCUGAAAAAUUGCAAAAUAUGAUUGGACCUUGAGGUCCGUCCAAUGAGAUUGCUUAUAUACAUCUUCCAUUGCCCAUUUAGUGGACUGACGUCAUGACUUAUAGCCAACUGCGUGAACCUUGACGAAGAUGAGCGUCACAGGUGUCUAAUACUACGCCAUCAAUUCCAACUUCUUUGUCCGGAUUCCGAAGUUCUUGUGCGCCUUUACCUUUUAGCUAGUGACGUAGUGAAGACUGUGGCGGUUCUCUAAGAGAGUUAUAAGAGCUCGGCCAAACGCAUAGAGUUCCAUAAGGAGCAACACCAUAUCAACAGCGAAACAUUACCAAAUACACAAAUCGAAACCAACAACGAAGGAAAUUAUCUAGUUUAGGUACAAUUAUAAAAAGGACAACUCUUUCAAAAAGUACCUAACCUAACCUAAUAAAUCUGUAUUAUGGGUAUCGCAGCGGGAAUUGGUCACUUCUUCCAGUCAAUCGUGGAAGUAAUCCAAGGUCUCUUGGCAGCUGUCGUCAACUUCUUCCAAUGGAUCCUUAACUCAAUCAUUGGCCUAUUCCAGGCCUUUGUCAAUUUUAUUGAAGGUGCCCUGGGCUUCGCAAUCCACAAUUUCUUCAUUUUGGGAACGCUGGCUGCCGCUGUAUUCGCAUACCUCCUCUAUUCCCAGAGACAAGGCACAACGCCAGUUAGCCGGACAAUUAAAAACAAACGAAAUUAGCGCGUUGAAAUGGGUUAGGCCUGGGAAUAUCGGUCCUAUGAAGCGAGCGAAGAGUUAUGAUUGAAUGAUUAUACGAGGGGGGUAUUGUGCUCGGGCGUUUAGGGGGACUAAUCUUCUAAGUCGGUGUGCAAUACACAGUGAGAUGUAGCAAUAAAGGGGUAUAGGGGAUGACGAGCAAUAUACCUUGGAGGAGUUUUAUAGGUUAUCUCAUCAACACCGGAAACGUUAUAGUUUAUCUACCUACCUAAGGUAACUACAAAUUUUUGACAAAUAUCAACAUUAGACGGCG